CCUCUUCUCCCCCCGUUUUGCAAGAAACUGACACACCAAAACAGUAAAAGAUACCAAACCCUCUCCCUCCCUUUACUGUCAAGAAUAAACCGUUCCUCUCCUCUCUCUCUCACAUUUAAACACCCACAAUCCGUUUCCAUUGGCGUUCAAGAACCCGGAAAUUCGUUUCUGCAGAGACCCAGAAUGGAGAAAACGGCGUCCCAGAAGAAGAAAGACAUGAUUCGAAUAGAGCGGGAGUCCGUGAUUCCGGUUCUCAAGCCCAAGCUCAUCAUGUCCUUGGCCAACCUCAUUGAACAUAGUUCCGACCGGGCGGAGUUUUUAAAGCUCAGCAAGAGAAUUGAGUACACGAUUCGGGCUUGGUAUCUUCUACAAUUCGAGGAUUUGAUGCAACUGUAUUCGCUCUUUGACCCCGUACAUGGGAAUCAAAAAUUGGAGCAACAGAAUCUUUCUCCUAAAGAGAUUGAUGUACUGGAACAGAAUUUCCUCACGUACUUACUUCAGGUGAUGGAAAAGAGUAAUUUCAAGAUUGCAACUGAUGAAGAAAUUGAGAUUGCACAUUCAGGGCAGUAUCUUCUAAAUCUUCCCAUCGUGGUUGAUGAAUCUAAGAUUGACAAGAAGCUUCUGAAGAACUUCUUUGCAGAGAAUCCUCAGCCAAACCUUCCAGAUUUUGCUGAUAAGUACAUUAUCUUCCGGCGUGGUGUUGGACUUGAUCAGACAACUGAUUACUUUUUCAUGGAGAAAGUGGACAUGAUCAUUGCACGUUUUUGGGCAUAUCUUUUACGAAUAACUAGGGCUGAAAAACUUUUAUCCAGAAGGUCAAGUAGUCGGCACACAAAAGAUCCAAAGAAGGAUGAUGAAAUUACCUCAGAAGCAGAUGGGGAGGAGGCGGAGGACUUAUACGUUGAACGAAUUCGUCUUGAAAAUAUGGAACUAAGCGUUAAAAGCUUGCUGAGCAAGACCACAAUCAAAGAGCCAACCUUUGAUAGGAUAAUUGUUGUUUACAGGCGAGCAAGUACCAAAGCAAAAGAAGAACGAGGAAUAUUUGUGAAACAUUUCAAAAAUAUUCCCAUGGCUGAUAUGGAGAUAGUUCUUCCCGAGAAGAAGAACCCAGGAUUAACUCCAAUGGACUGGGUCAAGUUCCUUGGCUCUGCUGUAGUUGGGCUGGUUGCUGUUAUUAGUUCGCUUGAAAUGCCUAAUGCUGACUUUUUGGUCAUCAUUGCGGUUCUUUCCACUGUCAUUGGUUACUGUGCUAAGAUAUACUUCAGUUUUCAGCAGAACUUGGCUGCAUAUCAGAACCUAAUAACACAGUCCAUGUAUGACAAGCAACUGGAUAGUGGAAGGGGUACUCUUCUUCACUUGUGUGAUGAUGUGAUUCAACAGGAGGUCAAGGAGGUGAUACUUUCUUUCUAUAUAUUAAUGGAACAGGGAAAAGCUACAAGAGAAGAUCUGGAUAGGUGGUGUGAGGAACUCAUUAAAGAAGAGUUUGGUGCCAGUUGUAAUUUUGAUGUGGAUGAUGCAGUUGGGAAGUUGGAGAAAUUGGGAAUUGUCUCUCGGGAUUCCGUUGGACGGUAUUUCUGCGUUGGGCUGAAACGUGCAAAUGAAAUAAUUGGGACCACCACUGAGGAGGUUGUUAUGAGGGCAAAACAAGGCAGUAGUUCUUGAUGCUGUCUUGGGAAGUUGGACGGCUUCUUUCUUAUCUUUACUAGAGGGUGUUUAUUUCUUGGGGCAGGUGCUAGACCAUCAUCAAUCCUCUUUGAUGGAAGAUUAUCCUCAAAUAUUUCGCUGCUUGUUAAUAUCUCUGAAUCUUUGAGUGAGGCUUUUCUUCCCUAUUUUAUGUACUUAGAUGUGUGCAUGUGGCCGAGCUAGCUAGGUUCCACGAUCCAGUUGAAGACUUAAAGUUAUCGUCUACUGUUGAUUGUAAGUGGUGGUACUUUUCAUUUCCCGAUAGGUACUGAAGUAUUGAAAAUUCAUAGUGAUCGUAUAUUGUAAUGAAAUAUGUGGCUUGAAUGUGGGUGGUCAAGUUGGUAUCCUGAGAGCAACAGCAACAAGUUGAUAUUAUUAACUUUGUGGAGUACCUUGAAUUA